UCUCUCUCUCUCUCUCUUCCAGUUACCUCAAAGACACCAUGGAGACCGCCGUGCUGAGCCUCCAGAAUUUGUAUGAGAAGAUGCGCUCGCAGGUUGAACUUCUCAGCGAGGGCGUAGAACCCAGCUUCAUUCUCAUGGCUCAGAACUUUGAAGACUGCCGACGCAAGUGGCUGGUGGCGGAGGAGAAUCUCACCUCCUGCAAGGAGGUUCUCACCAAAACAGAGACUGAGAGGUCUUCUUUGGAGGUCAAACUGAAGCACGCCCGCAACCAAGUGGAUGUGGAGAUUCGGCGCAGGCAGAAGGCUGAGGCUGACUGCGAUAAGCUGGUGUGUGUGUGUGGACUGUGGAGCGUUUGUUUGCAAUGA